CUCACUGCGCUCACUAUUUGCCAGCGUGUAAAAUUGACAUGAAAGUCGUACGCAGGGUCGAAUACGCGUCACCAACUUCGAGACCGAGACCCGUCGUAGCUCAAUUAAUUCAUCUCUGAAAAAGUGCAAUUAUGGCGGCUUCUGUGACAAUCGGAGAAGGAGCCACAGUUCCUGCCUCGGGAAAUGUUUCAGGAAAAGGACAAGGCGUUGAGAAAUCGGGGGAAAAACGAAAUGGUCGUACCAACAAUAAGCUAAUGAUUGAACCAAGUUUGCGAGAGAUGUCAGAAGGACUAAAAGAAGUCAUGGACCUAAUGGAUUCAUACAGCAAGCAGCUUGACAAGGAGCGAGAUGAGAGAUUCAAAACAUUUUUGAAUAAAGUAAGAAGAAAGCUACCUGGACCAAUAUCUAACAGUGGUCAGAAAUUGGAUGCAAUCAUUGAGCAGCUUCAGAACAUCAUUGUUACAUCAGAUCAGGAUGGUCCAGGAAUACCAAGGAUAACAUCACCAAGCAUGCUAGAUAAAGCAGCUCACAUUGCAAUGACAGGACAGAGUUUGAUGGCGUAUAUUUCAACCUUUGAACUCAACCACCUUCGUAGAAUAGCAACAAGGAUAGUCUCUGAUACUACACUCUGGCUAUCAAGGAUAUUCAGAUUUGAUGAAUCAUCAGCAUACUACCACGUGGAUGAUCGGGAAGGUCUAGCGAGGGUAUGUCGACUGGUUCUCAAUAAUAAAUAUGAGAAAUAUGGUACGGAGGGUUUCAACUGCCUCUACACCAAACCACCAAUCAUCUAUAUCAGUGCUGCAUCACGGCCUGGACUAGGACAAUACAUCUGUUCACAGCUUGGUCUUCCACAAUCCAGUUUAUGUACAGUACCAUGUAACACAGUCUUUGGAUCACAACACACUAUGGAUAUUGCUACAUUAGAGAGGUUGAUCAAAGACGACGAAUCCUCUUCCAAGACACCUCUGAUGGUGGUAGCGAAUGCAGGCUCACCUAUGGCUGGUCAUACUGAUAAUCUCAACAGACUAAGAACUAUCUGUGAUGAUCACAAUCUAUGGCUUCAUGUGGAAGGGCAUAAUCUAGCCACCCUUGCUCUAAGUACUGUGCCUUCAUCAAUAUUGGCUGCUAAGAGAGUGAACAGUAUGACCAUCCUGCCUGGCGUGUGGCUGGGUCUACCUGGUACUCCGGCCGUUACAUUGUACAAGACAGCUGAUCCUGCUUUGAGUCUAGCAGCAGGACUAUGUUCAUCUCAACCUCAAGAGAGGUUAGGUGCCCUACCUCUCUGGCUUGCCCUCCAAUGUAUGGGCCAUGAUGGUAUCGUUUCUAAGCUACACCAUGCUGCAGAACUAAGUCAACAGAUGUCUCAGAGACUCAACUCCCUUGGUGCUAUUAAUCUGGCAGAUAAGAAACGAGCUCGACCAGACAAGGAAAUCACAUUAGAAGGAUCACUAUCUGAAGUCAUCAGUAAAACAAUACAAGUCUUUUCACAAGUGGAUGUUGUGUCACCUGUGGUUGUCUUCAAAUAUGAUGACAGUAUGGAAGCUCCCGGUAAAGCAUUUGCUCAAUACUCGACAGCACAUGAUGAAUCAGAUGAAGGGAAGCAGCAAAAUACACUACCCAAGCCUACCCUUGAUGCAUUCAAUGCCUGGCUUGGAGCUGAGCUGAAUAACCUUGAGCCAAAAAUUGGUCUAGACAUCGUUGAAGGAGACCAAGAGGGUGUGUGCAUUAGGUUCAGCCCAAUGACCAGUGCUCCAUAUAGAGGGACUACAUCAGAACAUAUAGACUCAUUUGUUGAAACCCUGAAAUCACUCAUUUCCAAGCUGAAUGUAACGAUAGAGCAGAGAGGGCCAUUCCAUGAAUUAUCAUCGGCCAAACAGAAUCUGACGGUAAUUGAUGGUGAGAACCACGCCGGACUGGGUAUUGUGCAAUUCAUUCCAGAUUAUCUAGCUAACCAGGACCCCGAGUCCGAGCAGACCAAACGAGAGGUCACUAAAAUCAACACAGAACUGGUACAAAGGCUACAGGCGGGUGAGGACGCCACCCAAAGGGGGCGCUAUCAGGUGACACAGACGGCAGAGGAGACGGCCGCUGUAGCGAUAGGUGUGGUGGAUGGUGAUGCCAAUUUGGAGGAGGUCCUCGAUAUGAUCUGUGACAUUGGCAAAGAGCUGGAAGAUUCAUCUCAGUUCUUAGAGACAAUGUCAGAGCUAAUCCUCAAAGGUAUCAUGGAGGCUGAGAAACAACUUGAACAAGAAAAUGAAAACAAGCUACUAGAGGAGGGUGUGUUAAGACAAGUUCCUCUAGUUGGGUCUCUUCUCAACUGGUUUUCACCUCCUCCAGAGGCAAUCAUCAAGGGAAGAACACUUAAUCUUUCUUCAGGUUCCCUGGAGAGUACAGAGAAGACCUACAAACUUCACAUGCAGGUCCAGGAGGAGUCUGCCUCUCCUAUCAAACAACGUCCUCCCAAGUCUACUCCUACGACACCAGCGGAAGAGAAACCUGUUCAGAAACGUGACUUAGAGGGCGCUCUCAAUCCUGCUGCAUCCUUGGAGACCGAGAGUCCAGUGGCGAACAGUGUCAGUGAAGGCAGCAAUGCUACAAGUGGUAGCAGCUUCCAGGAAGUUAGUGCAGUGGACAUGAAGGACCUGACCACUGAGAGUGAAGGGGAGGAUAUGAAAUGAGGGGCAGGUAUCUCAUGUUAAUCUCAAGAGAAUGAAGUACAUCAGUUUCAUACAGACCAAAUCUUUUCUUCCUCAGUCCAUGCAUCAUUAUCGGUUAAGUUUGGACAGUCACUUAGCACUGUAUUUAUGAAAUAUGUUUCAGCAACUUUUUCUCUCUAACACUUUUUUUUUCAUGAAGUGAAGUCUUGUGAGUUAUCACCCUGCUAUCCGCUGCUCAUAGACUUCUAGUAUAUCAUUUUGCUUUUCAAUGGGGAUCUGGGCCCCGUCUUACAAAGAGUUGCGAUUGAUCCGAUCAAUCGCAACUAUGGAAAGCCAGCAAAGUCAA